GAGCCGGAGCCCGGCCCCCGGCCUGGAUGUGAGCCGCGCGGGCGCCGCUCGGGAGAGCCGGACGGAGCGGUCAUGGCGGGAGAGGGACGGCGCCGGCCGCGGGGCUGACCGCCGUCCGGCUGGGACCGGCGCCAUGGGCCCGGCCGCCCGGCCCGCGGCCUCCCGCUGCCCGGAGUGACGCCCCCCGGCCCCCCCCGGCCCCCAGAAGAUGGUCCUGGCCCCGCGGGUGCCCGCCACCUAGAUCCAUGCGCCCGCCGGGCCCCGCGGCGGGGGACGGGGGUCUGCCCUCCGCCAGCGCCCUGGGCUCCCCGCCGGGCCCCGCCUCGCUCUCCGCCAUGUCUCUGCUUCACGCCCUGGGCCCCGUGCAGACCUGGCUGGGGCAAGAGCUGGAGAAGUGUGGCAUCGAUGCCAUGAUUUACACCCGCUACGUCCUCAGCCUCCUGCUGCACGACAGCUACGACUACGACCUGCAGGAACAGGAGAAUGACAUCUUCCUGGGAUGGGAAAAAGGAGCUUACAAGAAAUGGGGAAAGAGUAAGAAAAAGUGUUCCGAUCUAACGUUAGAAGAAAUGAAAAAGCAGGCUGCGGUCCAGUGUCUGCGCUCUGCUUCCGAUGAAAGCUCUGGGAUCGAAACUUUGGUGGAGGAGCUCUGCUCCAGAUUGAAAGACCUUCAGAGUAAGCAAGAAGAGAAGAUUCACAAAAAGUUGGAAGGAUCGCCCUCUCCGGAGGCAGAAUUAUCUCCCACGGCAAAGGAUCAGGUGGAAAUGUACUAUGAGGCGUUUCCUCCGCUUUCCGAGAAACCAGUCUGCCUGCAGGAGAUCAUGCCGGUGUGGAACAAAUCCAAAGUCUGCUCUUACUCUAGCUCGUCAUCUUCCUCCACCGCCCUCCCACCCAGCACCGACACGUCCUCUCCCAAGGACUGCAACAGCGAAACGGAAGUCAUUAAAGAGAGAAGCCCCGAAGCCCCCAGCGCCGUCCACGAGAGGAUCCAGCCGAAAAAGAGCCAGAGCGAGAAGGAGAACAAGUUCGGCGCCGGCCCGCCGGAAGAGAAGCCCGCUUUCUACAAAAAGCAGGGGCGACACAAGGCGGAGGGAAAGGCGCGCCCCCGCUCUUGGUCUUCCGGUUCCAGCGAAGCCGGCUCCAGUUCGAGCGGGAAUCAGGGGGAGCCGAAAGGCCCCGCGAAGGGCGUCAGGGCGCGGCACAAGACGCGGGAGGUGCGGGGUAAAAGAGGACGCAACGGGCAAGGCCGGCUGUCGGUGAAGACGGGCGAAAGGGGGCAGAGGAAAGUCCCGGCCGGCGGCGGCGGGGGGGGAGGAGGGGCAGGGGGUGGGUCCUUCCAGCAGCUGGGCAAAAGGGGCAAGAGGCCGUCGAAGGAGAGCGGGAGGAAGGAUCCCGGCGGCGCGGAAGGCCGGGAGCCGCCGGGCGGGAGCCGCGACGACCGCGAAUACAAAGAGGAGCCGCUGUGGUACACGGAGCCCAUCGCGGAGUACUUCGUCCCCCUCAGCCGGAAGAGCAAACUGGAGACGUCCUACCGGAACCGGCAGGAGGCGGCGCCGGGGGGCUUCGCGGAGGGCUUCGCGGAGGGCUACGCGGAGGAAGCGGCGCCGGGCCUCGGCCCGGGCGUCCCCCCGGCUUACCUGGCGGCGGGGACGUUCGUCGACGGGCACUUCGUCGAGGUGCCCGCGGUCCCGGAGGAGGCGGGCGGCGCGCCCUGGAGCCCGCCGCGCCCUCCGCCGGGGGACCGCCCCUAUCUGGAUGACGUUCAUCUUGCGGAACUCACCCACUUCUAUGAAGUGGAUAUCGAUCAAUCCAUGUUGGAUCCCGGUGCCUCAGACGCGACGCGAGGAGAGAGUCGGAUCCUGAGUAUGAUUCGACGGAAGAGUCAGGAGGAUGCCGAUUUUGAGGCCGAAUGUUGCAUAGUGUUAGAUGGGUUGGAGCUGCAAGGGGAAAGUGCAAUAUGGACAGAUUCGACCAGCUCCGCGGGCGCCGAGGGGUUUUUCUUGCAAGACCUGAGCGGGCUGGCUCAGUUCUGGGAGUGCCGCUCGUCUCCCAGCUCCGGCGACGCGGACGGGGAGAGCUUCGGCGGGGAGUCCCCCUUCCGGGUCUCCCCGGGCUUCGACGGCGCGGCGCUCGGCUCCCCGGGGCCCGCCGGCCGGCCGGAGCUCUUCCCGGCCCCCCGGGAAGGGGCCGGGAUCGACUCUUGUUUUUCAGUGUUUGAAGUGCAAUGCAGUAAUUCCGUUUUACCCUUUUCUUUCGAAACGCUCGCCUUGGGGGACGAGGAGCCCGACGCCGGCGGGGGCGGCGCCCUCGGGAAGACGCAAUCGAGAUUGUUAAUAUGGACCAAAAAUAGUGCCUUUGACGAACACGAACACUGUUCUAACCUCUCGACGCGGACCUGCAGCCCCUGGUCCCACUCGGAAGAGACCCGGUCGGACACCGAGGCCUGGGCCGUCCAGCCGGAGGACGCCCCGCCGCCGCCGCCGCCGGCCGAGGAGCUGGGCUACGGCGGCCCCGCGGGCUACGCGGACGAGGAGCUGCUGGAGUUUCUGCGGGAAGACGCCCGCCGGCCCCCGGGCGACGGGCCCGCCCCCGGCUUCCCCCCCAGGUCGAAACUGGAGUCCGUGUGCGGGAUCCCGCUGGAGCACCGGGCGGGGGACGGGGACUACGGGCCGGCGGCGGGCGGGGCCGGCCCGCGGGGCCGCGUGGAGGACCUCUGGCCGGACGGCGGGCCGGCGGCGGAAGCGGAGGGGCGGCCCGGGGAGCCGUUCCCCGACGGCGACGGCUACGCGGAGGCCCCGCGGGAGCCCGGCAAGGCAGUGCGGCGCUCCGAGUACCGCCUCUGGGACGGGCAGAAGGAGGAUCCGGAGCGGAGGCCGUUUGGCCCCGGCCGGCCGGCCGAGGCGGGCGGCGGGGGCGACUAUACCACCCCGGCCCGGCCCUGGGAGGGCCGCCGGGCCCCCGAGCACGCCUUCAUCCUGGGCGGCGUGUACGGGGAGCUGAAGGCGGGCCCGGGGGGCUGGGCCGUGCUGCCCCCGGCCCCGCCACAGCCCCGGGCCAGCCUGCUGCAGUGCGCGGCCUCGGACGUGGUCACCAUCGCCGGGACGGACGUGUUCACCAGCCCGGGCCACGGCCUGGCGCCGGGGCCCCGGCAGCGGUGGCGGCCGCUGGCGGCCCUGGAGCAGGGCGGGCCGGCCAGGGGCCGAGACGGCGGCCCGCCCAAGGGCUUCUCGCUCAUCUUCCGGGAAGACCUCCUGGGCGCCUGCGGGGCCUUUCAGGGCGACGAGCCCGGCCUGGAGUACGCCUUCUCCUCCCUGGAGCUGAACCACCCGUUCUCGCAGGUCCUGCACGUGGAGUGCUCCUUCGAGCCCGAGGGGCCGGCCGCCCUCAGCCCCCCGGGCCUCAAGCCCAAGCCCGUCCCGGGCCCCGACCCGGACGGCCAGGUCUUCCGCCCCCGGAUCUGCGGGGCGGACAGGACGCGCUACCGGGCCAUCCGCAUCUCCCCCCGCACCCACUUCCGCCCCAUCUCCGCGGCGGAGCUGUCCCCGGGCGGGGGGAGCGGGUCGGGGUCGGAGUCCGACGGGGGGGACGACGACGACGGCGGCGGGGGCGGCGGGGGGCCCCCCGGGCCCCCCGGCCCCCCGGCGCCCCCCGCGCCGGCCGACGCCUUCGAGGGGCCGCCGGCCGACCUCCGGCCCCUGGAGGAGGACGCGGAGAAAGAGGGCCACUACUACGGGAAGAACGAGCUCGAGUCCGGCAGGUUCCUCCCCCGGUUGAAGAAGGCGGGCAUGGAGAAGAGCGCCCAGACGUCCCUCGAUUCCCAGGAGGGGUCCCCCGGGGCCCUGCCGCCGGGGAGGCGAGACCGGUGCUCGGAGUGCCGCCCGGGAGGGGCCGGGGAAGCGGAGGACCGGGGCGGCCCCGGGGCCGACGGCCGGAUCCUGGCUCCCUGCCAGGAGGAGGAGCCGGGCGGCCCGUGCGGGUGUAAGGCGGGCUGCCAGUUCCCCGCCUUGGAAGACCGUCCGGCGUCUCCGGGAGAGCUGGGAGAGUUUCCUCUGUUGAGCACUGAUCUCCAAGGAGGGAGCAGCGGCCAAGAAAAACAGUGCUGGUGGGAAAAAGCACUCUACUCUCCCCUUUUCCCCGGAACGCAGUGUGAAGGAUGUUACCCAGAUGCCAAGGGGGAGAAUGGUGUGGGAGAGUAUCCCGAUGGGAAAGAAAUGGCCGACCACGGAGACCACCUGGUAGAUUUCAAUAGGGUGUCUUCCGUUUACGAAGCAAGAUGCGCCGGCGAAAAGGACCCCGGCGGGAAAUCGAACGGCUUCCGAAAAAAGAUCUACUCCAGCGACAGCUCCAACUCGGAAGACACGGCGUCGGAAGGGGCCAGCGAUUGGGUCGAUCCUUGCGAAGAGGCGCUCUUUUCUCGAACUCACCUCUAAAACUCAGAGUAGCCCAGAUGAUUUAAAAAAAAAAGAAAAGAAAAGAAUGAUAAUAAUAAUAAUAAUAAUAGGCGACGGAAA